AUGUCUGAGGAAAGUUAUGGCGAAUCUCCUGUAAGCUCUUGGAAAUCCUUUCUCGCCGGUGGUUUUGGCGGAAUGUGCACUGUUGCUACGGGCCACCCGCUUGAUACAAUCAAAGUUCGUUUGCAAACCAUGCCUCACCACCUGCCUGGAGAAACUCCGCUUUACCAUGGAACUAUUGACUGUGCUCGUAAAACUAUCGUGAAUGAGGGAAUUCGGGGCCUUUAUAAAGGCAUGUUUGCACCGUUGAUCGGUGUGACACCCAUGUUUGCCGUCUGCUUCUUUGGAUUCAACCUAGGGAAGGAGUUAUUUUGCAGAGAUCCGAAUCGCAUAACCAAACUGGAGAUAUUUUGUGCUGGCUUGCUUUCCGGUGUAUUCACGACGGCUAUAAUGGUUCCUGGUGAAAGAAUAAAAUGUAUUUUACAGGUUCAAGCUCAUUCCACUGGGCCGAUAAAAUACAAGGGUCCUAUGGACGUCGUUCGCAAACUCCACAAAGAAGGCGGUAUCCGCAGCAUUUACAAGGGAACGGCAGCCACUCUUCUCAGAGAUGUGCCUGCAUCCGGAAUGUAUUUUUUGAGCUACGAAUGGAUUAAAGAACUACUCAGGCCUGCUACUGCAGCUAAAUCGGAUCUCGGUGUACCUGAAACGCUGUUUGCCGGCGGCAUGGCUGGUAUCUUCAACUGGCUUGUUGCAAUUCCACCUGAUGUGUUGAAGUCUCGAUUGCAAACAGGUAGGACAGUCAUCCAUUCUACUUCACUGCCCUUUAUGUUAAUUUAA